AUGGAUUUAUCCAACUUAUCGUCAGAUCUUCCUCCUACAAAGCCUAUCAACCAAGCAUCAAUUAAUGAGUUGAACAGGGAGUUAACGACAGAAUUUAAGAAUGCAGCGAAAUCCGUGGUUUCAUUAUAUAAUUCUUCAACGUCAGGUACAGCAUGCAACUCCAAAAAUAAAGCAGAGUUUGCCAAUGCCGCCAAGUCCGUGGCAGCGUUGUAUCGGCUAACAAACAACGGGAAUGGAAUACAUCGUCAUAUGGGGUAUUUGGAAUGCCUAGAUGACUUAUUAGGAGUGAUAACAAAUGGUGAAGAUAUUGAGAACUGGGCAUUAACGAAGCGGGCAGAAAUUACAAAUAUUAAUCAUGGACAGGGAGAUAAUAACACAAAUGUAAAUGGACCAAAUCAAGAACAGAAAGAGAAUAAAGAUACCAAAGAAGUGCCUCAAGGUGCGGAUGGAGAAUUGCAUAUUCCUUUAGAUUAUGAGUUUUCAUUUUCGCUGGAUUUGGCUCCUGGAUAUCAUUUUAGGCCCAGCUUUCCACCAUUGUCAGUAACUCAUUCUUACAAACAAAGGGCAAAUUUCAAGCAAUUGAAAUCUUCGGAUCAUUUAGCAAGAAUGAGGAUGCACCUGAAACAGAAACAAACGCAACACCUGCAAUAUCAAUCUCUGGAAGACCUUUGCAGCACAUCAGACGAGGUUGAUAGCGAUUCAACUGAUAGAGAUCAUGAAGAAGUCGACGCUGUGUCUUUGAAAAAGAAAAAAUCUUUCGAAAAAGAUAGCGAUAUAAAAAGAAGAAGACUUAAUGGGCAAAAUGAGGCUUCAAUUAAUUCGCCUAAGAAAUGA